AUGUAUACUGGCAUUCUUGAUGUGAGAGGACAAUCUACUUUGGACGUUUUUAAUCUUCUUAUAGCGUCUGAUGAAUUGCUUCUUGAGGGAUUGACUAAUUUCAUACAAAAAUAUUUGAUUGAAGAACAAAAUGGAUGGCUACAACGAAAUUUAGUCAAAGUUCAUCAAAUAGUAUUCCAACUGGAAAGUUGCAAAAAGCUCCAAGAUUAUUGUUUAGAAUGUAUUUGUGAUGAUCCUAUACCUUUUUUUAAAUUGCCGGAAUUUCCAACUUUACAAAAAAGUAUUCUGCUUGAUUUGAUUAAAGGAGAUUUACAAAUUGAUGAAAUUGAUUUAUGGAACCACCUCAUUCGAUGGGGAAUCGCCCAAAAUUCGGAAUUGAGCUUGAUGGAUUUAAGUAAUUGGAAUGUUGAGGACUUCUUGGCUUUAAAGUACAUUUUGAACCCAUUUAUCCCUUACAUUCGAUUCUUUGAAAUUUCGUCAAAAGAUUUUCAUAAUCAGGUUCGACCUUAUAAAAAAGUGUUACCUGAAGAACUUUUUGAAAGUGUUUUAUCAUUCUAUAUGACAAAUUCUCGACCUAGAGAUAUUUUGCCUCCUCGUUAUGGAAAGAUUGCUGUUAAUUCAAAAAUCAUUACCCCAAAACAUGCGGCCAUCCUUGCUAAUUGGAUUCAAAGAAAACAUGCCAAUGCAAUAAUUCCAAAGGACCAUAGAUAUAAUAUGAACCUUAUUUACCGUGGAAAUAGAGACGGUUUUGAUAUCAAUGCUAUACGUAAUAAAUGUAAUGGACAGGUUGGGUGUAUUUUGAUUAUUAAAAUUGUCGGAGGGACUGUGAUCGGUGGUUAUAAUCCUCUUGGUUGGAAAGCUUAUGGAUCGAACAUUGCUACUUUUAAUAGAAAUAACGACAACAAUAAUAUGAAUAAUACUCGAAGGAGCAAUAAUAAUAAUAUUUAUAGGGGUAGUACUUAUAGGAGUAAUAGCAACAACAAUAAUAAUACUUUUAGGAACAACAAUGAUAGGGAUUUGGAUUACACUAAUAGUGUUGCUAAUAAUUAUUGGGUUAAUAAUAAUGAAUGUUUUCUGUUUUCGAUGGGUAAUAGAGAUGAUUUAAGAAACGUUAAGAUUAGUCGAGUUGAACAUAGCGCAUAUGCAAUGUAUGAAUCGAAUUGUUAUAAUCAAAUAUUGAACUUUGGUAAUGGCGAUUUGGUUGUUAACAAUAAGAAAGGUAGAUGUCAACAAAAAUAUUAUGAAAGUAGAAUUUUAGAUAUUUCUGAAUUUGACAUCGAGGAAAUGGAAAUAUUUGCAUUUUCCAUCCAAAAGUUCGUUGUUGCAAGAAUGUUCGAAAGUUUAUCUUCGUAUUUUAAAAAUUAA